CAUAAUAAGUAAUAAUAACAAGACUCUUCUGGGUUUAUAAAGAUGUUUAGACGCAAACUGGGUUUGGUUGGAGCAGCAAUCGGACCAGUUUUGAUGUAUCUUUGCAGCAGGGAGUCUCAUUCUAUUUGUUCUUCCUCGCAGAACGUAUUGAAGUGCCAUAUUGCCACUUUGUUAUUCUCCUUUCAAUCUUUUUUGGUGGGUAAAUUUAUCAAGAAUGUACCAAAGUGGAUGACUUAAGGAGAGAAAUCAGGGAGAGCAAAAAGCAUCUCCUUCGAAUGAAUUCAAUAUUUCAACACUCUUCUUCACCGCCGCGUUCAACUGCCGCCAUUACCACCCUUCUUAAGGCCUGCAAGACCAUUCAUCACCUCUACCAAGUCCACGCCUCCAUCAUCCAACGAGGCUUAGAGCAAGAUCACCUCAUCAUCUCCCGCUUCAUUUCCCUUUCCGCCUCCUUUGCCGCCACUGCUUCAUAUUACACCGCCGUCUUCGACCGCGUCCUUGGUCCUUCCCCUUUCCUCUGGAACUCCCUCAUUGGAGCCCACACCAAAGGAAGUUACUUUUUCGACACCCUCUCUGCUUUUAUUCGCAUGAAGGCACAUAGGUCUCUUCCCGAUAGGUACACUUACUCUUCUGUGAUUAAGGCCUGUUCAAGCAUGUGCAGAUCCUGGGAAGGAAAAUUGCUCCAUGGCUCGGCGUUGAGGUGUGGGGUUGAAGGUGAUAUGUUUGUUGGAACCUGUCUGGUCGAUAUGUAUGGGAAAUGUGGAAAGAUUGGUGACGCUCGCAAGGUGUUUGAUGGAAUGUCCGAGAAGAAUGUAGUUUCAUGGACUGCUAUGGUGGUUGGCUAUGUGAAGGUUGGGGAUAUGGUGGAGGCAAGGAGGCUGUUUGAUGAAAUGCCGCAGAGGAAUGUGGCAUCAUGGAAUGCGAUGAUAUGGGGUUUUGUGAAGGUGGGGGAUUUGGGCAAUGCUAGGGUAGAGCUUGAUGCUAUGCCAGAAAAGAGUGUUGUUUCUUUCACGAUCAUGAUUGAUGGCUAUGCAAAGGCUGGUGACAUGGCUAUCUCAAGGUUCUUGUUCGACCAAGCUCCGGAAAAGGAUAUUGUUGCAUGGUCUACUUUGAUAUCAGGGUAUGUACAGAAUGGUCAACCUAACAGGGCCUUGAGAGUAUUUCUUGAGAUGGAAUCAAUGAAUGUGAAACCUGAUGAAUUCAUAUUGGUUAGCUUGAUGUCGGCUUCUUCUCAGUUGGGUAAUUUAGAACUGGCUCGAUGGGUUGAUUCUUAUGUAAACAAGAGCUCUAUUGAUAUGAAACAGGACCACGUGAUUGCAGCGCUUCUGGAUAUGAAUGCUAAAUGUGGAAACAUGGAAAGGGCAUUAAAAUUAUUUGAAGAAACGCCUAACCGUGAUCUAGUCUCAUAUUGUUCGAUGAUACAAGGGUUGUCAAUUCAUGGAUUUGAGGAAGAUGCACUGAAGUUCUUUAACAGGAUGGUGAAGGAUGGGCUAACUCCGGAUGAGGUGGCCUUCAAAAUCAUUCUAACAGCUUGUAGUCAUGCUGGACUUGUUGAUGAGGGCUGGAACUACUUCCGCUCCAUGAAGGAAAAGUACUGCGUUAGUCCUUCACCUGAUCACUAUGCAUGUAUGGUUGACCUUCUAAGUCGAUCAGGGAAUUUACGGGAUGCUUAUGAGCUUAUAAAAGUAAUGCCGGUGGAGCCUCAUGCUGCUGCCUGGGGUGCACUUCUUGCGGCAUGUAAAGCAUAUGGUGAUUCAGAGUUAGGAGAGAUUGCUGCUAAUCAACUUUUUGAGAUUGAGCCUCAAAAUGCUGCUAACUAUGUGCUGUUGUCUAACAUCUAUGCAGCAGCAGAUCGAUGGAUAGAUGUCUCCCUUGUAAGAACGAAGAUGAGGAACAGUAGGGUGCGGAAGGUACCUGGUUGCAGUCAGUUUAAUCCAGACUUGGGCUCUUUGGCCUUUUAAGCUUCCAAAAUUGCAUAUACGAAGCUGUCAAUAAGAAAAUUUUGGUUGCAUAACCUAAGCUGCUAAACAUCGUGUAAGCUUGGAGUAUGAUAUUGAAAGACCAAGAAUAAGUUCUGAUAAAGGUCAUGGCUGAUCCAACCUCACUUGCUCCUCAAAAGGGUCAAUCCUCUUCUUCUGAUCAGUUGAUCUUGAAAGAGUUGCAAGGGACACUCAUGGUUAUCUAGGAGCAGACCUUGAAUAAGAGAUUUUGUUCUGCAUUGUAUAAGAGAGAAGAUGGAUGUGAUUGACUUGGAGGAUGAAUCGAGUGAUAUUGAGAUUUUCAAUUCUAUGGUUGUCACCAAUGAGCACUUCCAAACUGCUUUGACUUCUUCAAACCCAUCUGUGUUGCGUGCAACAGUUCCAAAUGUUUCCUAUGAUGAUGAUAUUGGAGGUCUAGAGAAAUGUUAAAAGGGAGCUUCAAGAGACGGUUCAAUACCCAGUGGAACAUGCUGAGAAGUUUGAGAAAUUCGGCAUGUCACCUUCCAAAGGUGUUCUUUUCGUUGGCCCUCCGGGCUGCGGCAAAACUCUGUUUGCAAAAGCAAUUGCAAAUGAAUUCCAGGCCAACUUCAUAAGUGUCAGGGACCUGCAUUGCUUCUGCAGUUGGCCUAGCAUUCCAAAAUUCACACGGUCCAAAAUUCAUAAAUGGACCGAGUCAUUUGUUGUCCUGGAAAAAAAGAAGUCUCAGCUAAAAAGGGUUGAAAGAUUUUAGAAAUGAUUUUGCUUUGUUAAUUAAUGGUUGGAGAUCAUAGAAAUGAUCUGAAAAAACCAACAAAAAAUUUCAAACAGUCCAAAAUUGAAGCAUGGAUUAAGUUGUUUGUUGAAAGGGAAAAAGAAAGAUCAUAGCCAGUCAAAUGGAUUGGGAGAUCAUACAUUGCUUUUUUAGUAAAAUGGGUUGGAUGGUCAUACAAAUUAGAAAUUAUUUGAAAAAACCAACAAAAAUUUUCAAAUAGUUCAAAAUUCAGAUAUGGUCUGGGUCAUUUCUUAUCCUGAAAAAAAAAAUGCUAGUCAUUCCUCAUUUGACAAGAUGUUGAUGUCUUUCUUGCUCAGUUCCUAUGCCGAUACUGAAUUUUUGUUUAUUAUCCCUUUUUUCUGGUUCACGUGUUCUCGUAAUUGGUUAGUGAAAGCUGUUAAUACUAUCUUAUAAUUGAAAUUUCUUUGGUUUGUGAAAGUUGUCCUAAAUUCCCUCAUUCUCUAACCACAUUGAAUUUGUUGGUCAAUCAAAUGAAUAGUUUGGACAGCUUUCUCUUCCACGAGUGUUUUAAAUUUUGAAAUUAUUUCUUUUAUCCCAGUUUAGACUUUAGUGUAAGAUGUGAGUGUGUGUGCGUGCGUGCAUGUUUUAUUCUUUAAUACUUUCUAAAUGAUGAAUAUUAUUUUUCAAAAUUUGUACUGAUUUUUCAUCUGUUCAAGUAAUUCGUUUGUAGUUUCUUUGUCCAAGGUUAGGUCUGGUUAAGUUUGUAAUGGGAAUGGGUAUUUUUCGUUACAGGAAGAAGAAAGUAAUAUAUGGCUAUUUAAAAUUGUCAGACUCUUAAUUCCAUUUUCGAAAAAAGUUUCUUUAGUGUAGCAUUCCCAGGGAUCCAAUUGUGAUAUACGAGCAUUGUUCAUGAUUUGGAAUUGGUCUGUUCAUCCUUUGUGUAAACCUAGGUUAUUUCGAAAUGUAGAUGUUGAACCUCCC